UUUCCCAGAUGCUGAUGGCUUACCUUUCCCGUCUUUCAGCAAUAGCUGAUAACAAGAUAAACUGUGGACCAGUCCUGACAUGGAUGGAGGUUGACAAUAAAGGAAAUCAUCUGCUGGUGCAUGAAGAGUCUUCCAUCAAUGUCCCAGCUAUCGCGGCUGCCCAUGUUAUUAAGCGCUACAUAGCCCAGGCGUCUGACGAACUUUCAUUUGAGGUUGGAGACAUUGUAUCAGUGAUUGACAUGCCACCAAAAGAGGACACCACAUGGUGGAGAGGAAAGCAUGGAUUCCAGGUUGGCUUCUUUCCCAGUGAGUGUGUGGAGCUGAUUAAUGACAAGGUUCCCCAAUCUGUCACCAAUUCAGUGCCAAAACCAGCGUCCCCCUGCUCCGGUCUUCGGCCGACCUCCUGGAGUCUGUUCCCACCCUAUUUGGAGAUGGAAAGUGUAAAGCAGGACAGUGCAUUGACACCCGACACAUUAAACCCCUACAGGCUGAGCUCAGUAUCCAAGAAGCACGGGAAGCUGAUCACAUUCCUGCGCACCUUCAUGAAGUCCCGACCCACCAAGCAGAAGCUCAAGCAGCGAGGGAUCCUUAGGGAGAGGGUGUUCGGCUGUGAUUUGGGAGAGCACCUUCUCAACUCUGGCCAUGACGUUCCCCAGGUACUCAAGAGCUGCACUGAGUUUAUCGAGAAGCAUGGAAUUGUGGAUGGAAUGUACAGGCUGUCUGGAAUUGCAUCCAACAUCCAGAAGCUCCGGCAUGAAUUUGAUUCAGAACAGAUUCCAGAUCUGACCAAAGAUGUUUAUAUCCAGGACAUCCACUGUGUGGGCUCACUGUGCAAACUCUAUUUUCGAGAGCUGCCUAACCCACUGCUUACCUACCAGCUCUAUGAGAAAUUCUCGGAGGCAGUGUCAGCAGCUACAGAUGAGGAACGGCUGAUCAAAAUACAUGACGUCAUCCAACAGCUGCCCCCUCCACAUUACAGGACCUUGGAAUUUUUAAUGAGGCAUUUGUCACGGCUGGCAACUUUCAGCUAUAUCACGAACAUGCACAGCAAGAAUUUGGCCAUUGUUUGGGCCCCCAACCUACUAAGGUCGAGGCAGAUUGAGUCUGCAUGCUUCAGUGGAACAGCUGCCUUUAUGGAGGUGCGAAUACAGUCAGUGGUGGUGGAGUUCAUCCUUAACCAUGUAGAUGUUCUCUUCAGCCCAAAACUGAGUUCACUUAUCAGAGAGGGAGCAGGUCACAACUCUUUAUCUCGUCCUAAAUCACUUCUGGUGCCCUCACCAUCCACAAAGCUGCUAACAUUAGAGGAAGCCCAGGCACGCACUCAAGCCCAGAUCAACUCUCCUGUAACUGCAGACAGCAAAUAUAUUGAAGUGGGAGAGGGACCUGCUGCCUUACAGGGCAAAUUCCACACUGUUAUAGAGUUUCCCACUGAGAGAAAAAGGCCACCAGUAAAAUCGAAAAAGUCACCAGUUGGAAGUUGGCGAUCGUUUUUCAACCUUGGCAAGUCUUCCUCUACAUCUAAGCGCAAACUGCAUCGUAACCCCAGUGAACCUAACGAACUCAAAUCCAUGGCAUUAGGAGGGAGUAGAGGAGAUACUGGCACGCUUCGAUCUGCCAAAAGUGAGGAAUCCCUCAGUUCACUGCACAAUGUUGAAGGUGAAUCUAAAGUGUUUCGACCACGCAGACCUCGUUCCAGCAGUGACGCCCUGUCUGCAUCUUUUAAUGGAGACCUUUUGGAUGGCAGACAGCACUGUAACCCUUACGAUAUUGUUGGAGACAGUGAGGGUGAUGACGGCCCCAUUUGUGUACCGGCUCUUAUCUCUCCACCCCGUUCCACCGAUGAUGUAGAUCUGAGCCCCCCUGACAUCGGCAUGGCCAGUCUGGACUUUGACCCCAUGUCUUUCCAAUGCAGUCUGCCUUUGGCCGAGAGCUCUGCUAUUUUUCCUGACAAGGAUCCUGUAAGUCUCAAAAAGAGUCCUGGCAGUGCCAGUGGCUCAGAGCCAGUUUCACCGGUCAGGUCGAAGAUACCCAGCCGACAGCAGUCUCCUGACAUCAGUCCGACCUUAAAGGCUGUUUCUAACUCCUCUGAGAAAAUUACACUCCACUCUUCAAAAAGCUGUGAGACGUUUUCCAAACUGGCACCUUUGCAAAUCUUUGACAAUAUUGAUACCUCCAAUAUAGUUAGUAAAGGACCAGAGAGCCCUGUCCUCCAGUCGUCCCCUCAUUCACCACCCCGGAAUUCACCAGCCAAAACGAGCUUGUUGUCUUUACAAUCUGAUGACUUGCCUCUGACUGAAGCUGCUCAAAUAGAUCAGCUUUUCAAAUCUGCUCCAUGUGAGAUUAAAGAAAGCAACGAGGCAUCAGGGACAGUGGAAACACAACAGUCAUUCAGUGUCCGUGCUCAGGAACAGCCAGAAGCCAUAGCUCUGGACCCAGUAAAGACAACUGCUCCAGUCAGCUUUAUGUCCCUGCACCCUCCUCCUACCCAGCCAAAGAACUCUAACCGCAUGCCGGCUUUAGUUUUAGCUGGAUUCGCUGAACACAACACCACUGUUACACAAAGGAAAUCCUCUACACCUUCCACACCUGCCUCACCUUUUAGGUCACAGGAGAUUGACUGGCAACCCCCUUCCACUCUACAGAUUCAGGAAGAAGCAGUGGGUGUGCCACAGUUCCCCGUUCCCUCCUCUUCACCUCCACCCUCCACACCGACUGAAACACUAGCCUACUCCUCCAGCCUGCACCUAAACAUUGUCAGCAGUGGAAUAUCUUCCAGUAUAGCUUGUGAUAGAGAGGAUGUUAUUGCUCCUGUGGCACAGAGCACAGCUGAUGCUUCUUCCUCCAGCCUACCUGUUCAAUUUUCCCCAAAUCAUGAAAGUCCAGACAGGCAGCAGGUUUCUGUGAAAGAGACUCCAGUUAGCACUGCAACCUGCAGUACCACUGCUCCCACUACAUCCACCAUUGGUAGAAAAGAACCUGUUGUUUCUAUACGACCAAUUUCCAAGGUUCACAAUACUGAAGGUGUCUUGCUGUCACAGACCAAAACAUCGAUGGAACAGCCAGUAGCCGUUCUUCAGCCACAGCAUCAAAAGCAAAGUCAACCUCUAAUACAGUUUCAGUCACAACCACAGCCUCAACCGCAGCCUCAACCACAGCCUCAACCGCAGCCUCAACCACAGCCUCAUUCUCAAACACAGGUUCCAAAACAGUCCAAGAAUCAGCCUACUGCACAGACCCCAGCUACAUCCCCAGAGCAACAAGAAGAGAGGCAUUGGGGGCCUAUAAAGCCUGUAAAUCCUAGAGGAGAAAUCAUUUCACAUCACCAGACUCCUAGGGUCACACCACCGCCACCCCCGGUUCGCUCAAUUGAGAGCAAACUUGCAGCAGCUGCUCUGAGUAAAACUGAGGCUGCUAAUGCCGCCACUUAUCAAGCUAUGAUGGCAGAGCCUGCAUCACUGGAUGACUCACUCCUACAUUCUCAUCCAUCACAGCACAAGUCUUCCGGUUAUCAGUCGGCUUAUGUUUAUCACUCGAAAGGAGAAACGGCCCUGCUGGAACCUACUUCUGAGGCCUACUACCAUCAAAGAGCAACCCCUGCUGGGCCGUCAUCCAUAGGUUGUCACUACCGACCUGAGAGUGUGCCUCCACAUUUGUCUUAUGUGUCCAAAUCAGAACCACAAAUUCCCUACAGGACACACGGGGAUGGUCGCUACAAUACGAUUGGACCGAGGUCCGUCCAUCAGUCCUUUAAAUCUCGUGAAGCAUUACGGGGUGAAUACAUUUCUACAGGAGUGCACCGUGGGCAUAGCUACAGCUCGAUGGAUGGACCUGCAGGAUAUCCAACAAUCCGCAGAGUGCACUCUAUACACGUCCCUCCUACAGCCAUUCGGUCAGCGCCUAUUACUAGAACAGAGGUUCCUCCAGAUGAUGAGCUGUAUUACUAUCAACGACCAUUAUACCACUGCAAGUCACACCAACAGCCCUCACAAGCAGAAUAUCACGUUACUCAGCUUCAGCCUUAUUUUGAAAAUGGAAGAGUACAGUACCGGUACAGUCCAUACUCUGGUUCUCACCCUCUUGACGCUUCUUUCUAUGAUGUUGAUCAUUAUGGUACCAUCCGAUUACGCCAUUAUCACUCUUUCAGCAGUCGUGAUACCCACCUGGGCAGAUCAGGUCGCAAAUCAGGUGACUAUCACUACCUGUCCCGGCAUGUCAUUCCUGUAAAAGAGCAUGGAUUUGUAAGCAGGGAGAUGCCCCCUUAUCAUGGUCCUAAGGGAGCUGUUUACUACACUUGGGAUCCUGAGGAAGCAGAGAGGUUUAGAAUGCAUUCGAUUCGCAGAGAAAGUCGAGCCAGGCAGAAGGUCAAAGGUCCAGUUAUGUCUCAGUAUGACAAUGUGGGACCCCUUAUGUCAGGGGAUCUUGCCGGAUUUGAUGUGCUACAUUUGCGCAGUAAAUCCGACCCCGGUAAAGCUGUAUUAAUGGGCACUGAAGGAAAAAACGUGAGAUACUGUGUUACUCCUGGACCGCAACAUGUCUCCAGACACAUUUUGUCAGACCCAGAUGUUCUGAUGUACAUGGAAACUGAGAAACGCUGCCACGGAAAUGGAAUGGGAGAGAAACCGGCACCACUAAAACAAAGCAAGUCCUAUCAGCCUUCACGAAGUGUGCACCAUCUCUCUGAAGGUGCGAAUGUUGAAGCCAAGUUUGAACCAGGGGACAGUCAGAUUAGCAGUAAACACUGGCAGGAGCAUUCAGAGAACAAAAACGUUCAGCCUAAAUAUGACCGCCCAGAUCCAGACUGGCAUAUAGGAAGGCUCAAAACUACUAGUAACAGUGAAGAUGACCAGAAGGCAGCCCCAGUAAAACCUGUUCCCCCUCCCAAACCAGAAAGAUCUCAUAGCAUCAGAGAACGACAACACUACAACCAACCUCAUGCACAGGACACUAUGGAUAAAAACUAUCCUGUAACCUAUUCGCACCAUCGACCAAGUACUGUUACGCCACAAUCCCACUACGAUAAUCUAGAUGAUUAUCAUCCGUCUCAUUCACAAAUCCCAUUGCCAAACCGCGGAGGUUCAAGCACCUGUAAUACCCAUGGGUACUCAAGUUCUCAUUCAAAUCGAGCGUACUCUACUGCUCUGGGACAGGGUGCUUAUAUCUCAGCUGAGCUUGCCAUGCAGAAGCCUGAAACAGAGGUCAAUGCAGAGUGAUAAAAAGACUAAAGGGAUGGAAUUUUAAAUGUUAAUAAAAUAGUUUCAGAUCAAAACAGCCUCUGCAGGACAGUGGUCUGUCAUGACUAUCUGCAUUUAAUUUCCUCAUUUUUUUUAAUGUGUAAUAAUAUGUAAAUACGUUUUUAUGGAAUUGAAUGCGUACCAGUGUAAAAAGCCACAAUGUGUGAUAGUAAUAAAUAAACGUUGCAGUCAUAUUGUAGAUGUUAAUGACCAAUGGUACAUGUACCUGAACCAGAAAUAAUGUAUCUGGAAAAAAAUACUACUGGUUAUAAGGAUUUUUUUAUAUUUUCUUUUUCGUUCUAUUAGGAUUGCUUGGGCUGGGGUCUAAUUUGGGGUUAAAGUUUUGCAUUUUAGAAAUGCAUGUAAAUCUAUCUCUUACAGAACAGUUCUGUGUACCUUGAUAUCCAUGGUGUACUUUGAAUGUCACAGUAACAGUGGAGGAGAACAUCUGUGUGAACAUUGUAUCCUCUCACCACUAUUAGUGUACACAAAUAGAUGGUACGUUAACCUGCACUUCUCUACGCUUGGGUUGGAGACCCAAAAUGUGCAAUCUCAUUGUUUGUUCUCCAACUGUGCCAUUACUAUUAUACGACUAUACAUGUAUUUUUGCUAUAAACAGAAUUCACCCGACUAGAUUUAAAUGGUGAGGAAACUAUGUAAAGGACCAAAUGAUAAAGGAUACUUGUGUUUAAAGAAACUUUGCUGCAGUUGGUGUGUUGGUGAUGAGUGCCUGUUUUAACCAACAAAUAAUGUAUGAGCUUUUAUCCUUAUUUUAAAAACUUGGUCCCUUGAGGGUGAGGGUCUUUUAGUACUGAUGGUACAUCUUCAGUCAUAGAUGUCAUUAAAUGUCUAUUAGUAGUAAGUCUUUAACGAUUGGAGUUGUGGUUUAAUCUUAAAAAAACAUUUUGUCGUUUUCCAGCGUUAAAAACUUAAAAUGGUUUAGCUGAGACUCUUAAACAAUUAUUUCUAGUUGUUGAUCAGCCAAGCAAGAUCAGCCAGUUUAUUUGCUGUUUUGCACUGAAAAUAUGUGGCUUAUGUAACUAAUGAAACCAAACACUAUGCUAACGUAUUACUCCAACCAACCAUCGCAUGUACAACAACUACACAGGACAAUAUGUCUGCAGACGAGCACACCUCUAGAUGUGUAAACUUGUAUAAGGCAACAUGUAAUAUUAAGCAGCUGAUAAAUGUACGGGUGAUAGAAUGUCUUUAAAAUAUACUACAACUCCAGUCACCCUUCCUACUAUUAGACUGGGUAUCAGUUUUAUGGUUCGGCAGGUGAAAACUAAAUGUAAUGCUUUACUUAGACCUAUUAUCUGCAUCGUUUACAACAUGAAAUCUUUUUUUCUUUGGGACCCUUACCAAAAUUGUCUGUUCAUGCGUUUUGUUUGCAUUCACUGAUCUUUACAUAUAUUUUAAAGAACAUGGUCUGUAAAGGACUUGAAAUUUUUUUUUUAAUGAUAAAUAUACAUUAUUCAUUAUGAGGGGGAGCUGGAUUUGUUUGUCCCACUUAUUGCAUGUUUCUAUUCUGUUAAAAUGUUGUAAUAUGUUAUUCUGCUUUACAAUAUGUUUUAAUCUGUGAUUCAUGGAUGUAUGAUCCAGAUAAAAACUAAAAAUGCUUUUUUUUACAUGACAUGUUAAUGAUUAUAAUUGGUAAUCCUCUGCCCCUUUACAGCACAAGUUUUGUCAGAAAGUUGUUUAGCAGCAGUAGUCUUACUGAGUGGUUUUUCAUUGUUGGGUUAUGAUUAAAAAUGUACAUGCCUUUUUAAGACUGUGAAAAAGAUGGUUGGGUGACUAGAAAAAUAUUAAAUAAAAGCUUAUAUGUUU